UUCAGGAAGGAGCCGUUGUCUCUUAGCCGACAUCGGAGAGAGCGGAUGGGGAGACCAGCGGCCCGAAGACAGAGUCGGAGGCAGAGCGCGCUGCAGCCAUGCAGGCGGCAGAGGCGGACGCAGGCGCAGGCAGGAUGGCGGGCGGCGCUGAAGGCCUGGACAGCCAGGGGGGCAGCGGGGGCAGGGGGGACCGGGGCGGCCCUCGCAGCGGGGGUGCUGCUGCCGCUGCAAACGACGGAGCUCUGUGUGCCGCGCCGGCACAGCACUCUCCGGGGCCGGGCGGACACCCCGCGUCCACAGCCAGAAGGCCGGGAAGCCGGCCACACGUAUUCGCCCUAAGUGUGCCUUUCCCGUCCACCUUGGAGGCGGAGAUCGCCCGUGGGUCCCUGGCCCCAGAUGCCGAACUGCACCAUGGGGCUGUUGGGAAGGAGCUCACAGUAAGCGGCAGCGUCCUGGCGGUCCACUGGAGAGCUGAAGAUUCCCACCUCCUCCAAAUUUCCAUCGUCAACUUUCUUGACCAGCUUUCUCUGGUGAUACGGACCAUGCAGCGCUUUGGGCCCCCUGUUGCACGCUAAGCCAGGGCUAGAGAAGGGGAUUAAGGUCUAAACUUGUGUCCCUUCCUAGACAGUGCAUCCCUCCUAGGGCAGUGAUUUCUGUAGUAGUUGCCACUUUAUUAUGGGGGCCUCAUCUUUUGCCUCUACUGGCCCUUGCGUGCUGAGGGUUCACUUACUUUGUUUGGUGCUUAAAUGUUUCUUAACUACUGAAAAUAAAACUGAGCUAUGGGGCUUCCCUGGUGGCGCAGUGGUUGAGAAUCUGCCUGCUAAUGCAGGGGACACGGGUUCCAGCCCUGGUCUGGGAAGAUCCCACAUGCCGCGGAGCAACUGGGCCCGUGAGCCACAACUACUGAGCCUGCACGUCUGGAGCCUGUGCUCCACAACAAGAGAGGCCGCGAGAGAGGCCCGCGCACCACGAUGAAGAAUGGCCCCCGCCUGCCACAACUAGAGAAAGCCCUGGCACAGAAACGAAGACCCAACAAAGCAAAAAUAAAUUAAUUAAUUAAUAAAACUCCUACCCCCAACAUCUUUAAAAAAAAAAAACAAAAACUGAGCUACGAUGCUAUGUCUGACUUUAUUUUCAACUACAGCACCUUUAAAUAUUCUUGCCUCUGUCCUUAAAUUGGAGGGGAGGUUCUGUGAUUCAGAUAUUCAAGUAGUACAAUGCAACUGAAGACAGUUUAAGAAAUGGAAGAGGAUAGGUCCUGUCUGUCAUUCAGUAUUAACUACUGUCAACAUUUUGGAAUAUUUUCUUAGUUUUAUAGUGGUAUUUAUGUAGUAAAUGUGUAACAGUAAUAAUAUUUUGCAAGUUUAGCAUUUUUCCUCAUAUUUUUCACCUAACAUGAACCUUUUUCUAAAAAUUCUUCAAAAGCAUUAUUGAAUGGAUACAUAAAAGAUACAUUAUUGAAUGUUUGAAUUAUUUUCAAUUUUUGCCAUAUUAUAUAGGUAAUGAUUCAGUGGAAUGCUGGUAUGUAGAGCUUUGCCUGAGUGAUUGUUUUCUUAAGAUAGACUACAAGAGGUAAAUUGGUUAAAUAUGUGAAGCUCUCACGCUGCAGUGUGUGAAAUUGCUCUCCAAAUUGUACAGAAAGUGUACCCUCCCACCAGAACGCUGGUUUCUCACAUCCUUGUCACUACUGGGUCUCCUCGGUAAAAUUUUUUUAAAAACUGGGUUUGUAUGACAAGAGCAAACAGCCGAGAAACACUCGAAUAGGAACUUUGUGGCUUACUGGCCUUGUCUCAGAUCAGUGAAGAAAAAGUGCUAGGACAGUCAUUCAAGCCUUUAGUUAGAAGGAGUUAGCUUCCUGUAAAAGGUGUUGUAUCCCGCAGCCUUUCUAAGCUCACUUAUAUUCUAGUAGCUCUUUGGUAGAUGCCGUUGGAUUUUCAUCGUUGAUCACGUUUUCUCAGAAUAAAGGCAGUUUUGCUUCUUCCUUUCCAA